CUAACCUUAGGUAAUUGAGAGAAGUUUUAACAACUGGCCCUCGUGCGCCCACACUCUCAUCGUUUUGCCUGUUUUUUUUUAAAUACCACGACGCAAUGCCUGAAACGAGAACUGCGUUUGUUGUUUCUCACAAUUGCUUUAUUCUCUGCGUUCACCCCUGAAAAUCAUCCUUCGGUGAUCAGUUUGCGACGACUUACACAUCUCACACACACCAUGUCGAAUUCAACAGCUAGUUACAAGCAGCAAAAAGAGGCUUUCGUCUCAGGACACAAUGGCGGCUCCGUUGCCGAGAUACUCGCCGUGACAGGCGUUGCUCCGGUUGCUCUCGUGCUCUGGUCCGUCCUACAGACGCGCCAGUCCUUUUUCGACCCAUAUACACCCAUAGCUUUUACUGUUGAUUUCCUCCUCAACAUAAUUGCUGUGCUUCUUGCAACAACCCUAUAUGCCCACGCACCGGUUCUUCUCAUAUUACUACUCGCCGCCCCGGCCGUGCUUCUAUAUGGAAUUCCCGCGGCAAAUGCCUCGAGGCGCCGCCCAAAGAAGCCUAAGCCCACCGAAGCCCACAGGCAGGCAGAUGUGCUCUCACUAAAACCUUUUCUGACAAACUACCGCGGCAGCAUGCUCGCCCUGACAUGUCUAGCGAUUCUAGCGGUUGAUUUUCCAAUAUUCCCUCGUCGCUUCGCCAAGGUCGAGACUUGGGGCACAUCUCUAAUGGAUAUAGGCGUAGGCUCAUUCGUCUACUCCGGGGGCCUCGUUUCGGCUCGCCCAGUUUUGCGGGAGGUUGCUGGCGGCAAAUCAACACCAUUGGCGCAGAAACUGAUAUACAGCCUCCGUCACUCAUUUCCGCUUUUGGUUCUCGGCGUGAUCCGACUACUGUCCGUCAAGGGACUAGACUAUGCAGAACACGUCACUGAGUAUGGCGUGCACUGGAACUUCUUCUUUACAUUGGGAUUCCUCCCACCUUUUGUGGCAAUCCUGCAGCCCUUCCUACGCAUCGUACCCUCAUACGCCGUCCUCUCCAUUAUCCUAGGCGUCGUCUACCAAGUACUGCUUGAAAGCACCCGCCUCAAGGCCUUCAUCCUGAUCGCCCCGCGUACGGACCUGAUAUCCAUGAACAGAGAGGGGAUCUUCAGUUUCUUGGGCUACCUGGCCAUCUUCUUCGCCGGUAUGGAUGCCGGCACUUACGUCCUCCCGCGGACGCUAGGCAACGAGUCCACCAGCCCCUCGGGCGCUCGGAGGAAGCUGCUUGUGAGGAUGGGGUUGCGGACGGCGCUCUGGACGUCACUCUACGUGUUCACGACAAACUUCACCUAUGGCCAGGGACUGGAUGUUUCUCGCCGCAUGGCGAACCUGCCGUACGUGCUGUGGACCGCGUGGUAUAACUCGGCGCUGCUGAUGGCUUUUUGCGUCGUCGAGGCGCUUUUCUUCCCAUCCACAGCCUGCUACGGGAGUAGCAGUGCUCACGUCUCGGAUGGGAGGGCUGAGAAGGAGGCACACAAUGCGGCCACGAGCCGGGUGCUACGUGCGUUUAACAGAAACGGCCUGGCCGUGUUCUUGUUGGCGAACCUGCUGACAGGAGCCGUCAACAUGACUCUUCCUACAUUGACCGCCGGUCCUCUGCUUGCGAUGGGAAUCUUGGUGGGGUACUCUAUGGUGAUCACGGGGGUUGCCGUGAUCUUAGAUGUUUAUAAUAUCUCGAUCAAGUUGUAGGAUCUUUGACGUAAGAUUUUAUGCAACUUGAUUUUAAAAAAGUACAUUUUUGAGAUAUGCAUAUACAGAGCUACGCGCGCUCAUUGAAUUGCUCUUCCAUGUUCUUGACAUUAUAAAAUAAUCGUCGACGUGAGAUAUCGAUUCUUUUUCGAAUUCUUGACUUGUUGACUUGUAUUCACC